GGCUGCCCGCUGGGACCGGCUGCUGACCGCUAGCGCCGGCUGCCCGCCGGUACCGGCUGUCCGGCCUGCCCUGCGGCAGCGGAAACCGAGCGGUGAGGCUGGCACAGCCCGGCUGCCGGCUCCUGCCCACAUCUGAGUUAGCCAGCGGUGUAAAGGUUUCCUCCGUUCCUGCUCAGACCUCCCCGAGCCCCGCAGGAGGAGGCUGGAGCCAAGUGCUGGUAACGGAGAGCGCUCAGCGGGGCGUUACGAGGCAGGCUCCCGGCUUUGCGAUCAGUUAGGAAGAGUCUCUGCGUUAAAGGCAAGUUCCUUGUAGCCACAAUGGCGACAUCAUCUGAAGAAGUGUUACUGAUUGUAAAGAAGGUACGUCAGAAGAAGCAGGAUGGGGCUCUCUACCUUAUGGCUGAAAGGAUAGCAUGGGCACCUGAAGGCAAAGACCGCUUCACAGUCAGCCAUAUGUAUGCAGACAUAAAAUGCCAGAAAAUCAGUCCAGAAGGUAAAGCUAAAAUUCAGCUUCAGCUAGUAUUGCAUGCGGGGGACACAACCAACUUUCACUUCUCCAAUGAAAGCACAGCAGUGAAGGAGCGAGAUGCUGUAAAGGAUCUUCUUCAACAACUGUUGCCCAAAUUCAAAAGGAAAGCUAAUAAAGAACUUGAGGAGAAAAACAGAAUGCUGCAAGAAGAUCCUGUUUUGUUUCAGCUCUAUAAAGACCUUGUUGUGAGCCAAGUAAUCAGUGCUGAAGAAUUCUGGGCCAACCGUUUAAGCUUGAAUGCAGGGGAUAAUUCUGCAGCACCUAGUAAGCAGGAUGUGGGCAUCUCUGCAGCAUUUCUGGCUGAUGUACGGCCUCAAACAGAUGGCUGCAAUGGUCUGAGGUACAAUUUGACUUCAGAUAUCAUCGAAUCCAUAUUUCGAACAUAUCCUGCAGUAAAAAUGAAAUAUGCAGAAAAUGUUCCACAUAACAUGACAGAGAGGGAAUUCUGGACACGAUUUUUUCAGUCUCAUUAUUUCCAUCGGGACAGACUCAAUACAGGCUCAAAAGACCUCUUUGCAGAAUGUGCCAAACUGGAUGAAAAAGGGUUAAAAACAAUGGUAUCUCAAGGAGUAAAAAACCCUCUGAUAGAUCUAACAGCUUUGGAAGAUAAAACAUUAGAUGAAGGCUACGGUGUUGCUUCUGUGGCCUCUACAUCAAAUGCCUCAAAAUCUGCUAGAGAAAGUAGCAAUGCUGCCAUUAUAAAACGCUUUAAUCAUCAUAGUGCCAUGGUCCUUGCAGCUGGCCUCAGAAAACAAGAAGCACAAAAUGACCAUUACAGUGAGACCAGCAGUAUGGAUGGAAACUCCAGGGAUUCAGAUUUCUUUCAACCACCAAUGAAAAAGGUGAAACUACAGGAGUCCAUUGAAUAUGAAGAUUUAGCAAAGAAUAAUAGCGUUAAAACUAUUGCACUAAACUUAAAGAAAUCUGACAGGUAUUAUCAUGGUCCAACUCCAAUUCAAUCACAGCAAUAUGCAACCAGUCAGGAUAUAAUUAGUUCUUUUCAUAGUAUUAGGCAAGAAAUGGAGGCAUAUGUACCCAAACUAACUCAGGUUCUUUCAAGUGGUGAUGCUACUAGCACUAUUGCAGUCCUGUCACCUGGAGGAGCACUUAUGCAGGGUGGAACACAGCAAGCCAUAAACCAGAUGGUGCCAAAUGACGUUCAGUCUGAACUAAAACACUUGUACGUGGCAGUAGGGGAACUGCUACGACACUUCUGGUCCUGCUUUCCAGUUAACACGCCAUUCCUAGAAGAAAAGGUUGUGAAAAUGAGGAGCAACUUGGAAAGAUUUCAGGUGACGAAGCUCUGCCCAUUCCAAGAAAAGAUUCGCAGACAGUAUUUAAGCACAAAUUUGAUAAGUCAUAUAGAAGAGAUGCUGCAGACGGCCUACAAUAAAUUCCAUACAUGGCAGUCCCGCCGUAUGCUGAAGAAGACGUGAAAAUGCAUGCUGUACAGGUUUGAGAGCAAAAUCUGCAAUAGGUAUAGGAAUACAACCUAGCACACGUGCAGAUCUUAUAGUUGUUGCAGGAGGACCUGCAAGCUGUGGACUUCUGGAAAUGAUGCUAACUGAACUUGCACAUUUUUUUUGAAAAAGGAACUGAGAUUAAACUUGAAAAGUAGGGAGAAAAACAAGGAAGAACCAAAACAGAAGAGCUGAGGCGCAAAAAUAUUUAAAAGACACUGUUUACUGCAGUUACUCAGGAACUGCUUAUGAUUUGCAUAAAGAGCUGCUUUCAGAAAUAAAAAAUUUAAAGAGGGUGUAUUAAUAAAAAUCUGUUUUUCUGUCUAAUUUUUUUAAGAAAUGUAUGGCACAGGGUAGAAAUCAAAAGUUUUUCUUCACUGGAUUCUGACAUUUUAUUGAAUUCUGUUUAUACUUCCUGCAACCGUUUAACAAUAUUUUAAAAUAUAGCAGAAACUGGUUUUGCUUCAAACAUUUGGGAGAGUGUAGCUGUCAGAAGACAAGCUUCUGCCAUAUAUUUUCCCCACCAAUUGGAAGCAAGAGGCAUUGCACUGAAAGCUGUCUAUGGUCUGGGGUCCCUGAAGGCACAUGGGGCAAACUUUUGCCUGAAGUCUUGGAUUUUUAUGCAGAUUUUUUUCAGCCAUCAGGUUUGCAUGUUUUCCUUUGAGUGCAAGCGUGUGCUACUGCAAUCUUUUUUUAAGGUGGCAUUUGUUCUGAGGAGAGAAUGCAUUUUUAAAAAUGAAGUUAAAUAAAGUUUCUUACAAAAGCAGUCAUUUAUUUUCAAUUUAGACUUUUUUAUUAUUUCUUCCCUUUAAAUCUGUUUUCCUUCACUCUUCCCGUUUGACUGUUACACUAUUUUUGGCGAAUUGAUAAUCAUUGCAAAGAGAAAAAAUGUGUUAUUUACACAGUGUCCAUAGCUAUUGGGAAUCUGUGCCAUACUUUGUUCCAAAUAGAACCAGUUCACCAUUUCAGACCAACUUGUCUUGUAUUAAAUGUGACUUAAAUACAGAGUAAAUCUGUUUUCUAUGAU